GGUGAGCGGUGACGCGGCGUACAUUGUCCUGUUCCUGAUUUCUAGAUUUUGUGAUUUGUGAAUUUCUCACAAUAUAUUUGGAAUUACCUAUUCAGUGCUGUUCUUUAGAUUACUAUGAAGUCUAUGCGAGGAAGAAACCCUAAUUUUGAUAAUUUUAAUAAUUUUGAUGAAGGUCCUAAUGAAGAAUGGGAUGAUUUUGAACAAAGACCGAACAUGGGCAAUUUUAGGAAUGAGCGCUACAGUAAUGCAUAUGGCGAUUAUAGGGGGGGUUAUGGGCCAAUGAAUAGUGGUGGAUUUGGUCCAAUGAAUGGUGGUGGUUUUGGUCCUAUGAAUAGUGGAAAUUUUGGACCUCCACGUAAUAUGGGCCCGCCUCCUGGAAAUUUUGGACCUAGACCAUUAUUUCCUCCAGAAGAAAUGCAAAUGUUCAUGGGUAGAGGAUUUGGUCCCCAAGGUCCUAAUAGAUUUAGAAAAAAUAAGGAUAAAGCUACUAGAUAUUUGAUACGCUGUGGAGUCCCGAAAGAGCACUUGAAGAACUUGCCCAGAGACUUGCUGCAAUUAAUAGAGCCACAGUAUUGCGGUUUGUGUGGUCAAAGUUUCAAUUCAUUUGCUAUAUCUCGCACACAUUAUGUUUCCAAAAAUCAUUUGAAGAAUCAGAAAAAAUGGUUAUCGCAACAUUCUGACGGGGCCUACCAGCAGGCUAGAGAGAUCCCAUUUAAGUCACGUGAGCUGUACUGUGAACUGUGUGAUGUACAUAUUACAUCUAAAUCUCAUGCUGAUUCGCAUUACGCCGGAAAACCCCACCGCGCUAUUGUAGAAGGUCGGAAAAUGCCUCGAAAUCCUGCUUUACUGCAGCCCAGUAUGGCUAACCGAUUGGAACAACUUAUUCGUCGUGAAAAGAAGAACCUAAAGCCCUUGGAAGAUGCAGAACUCAAAGAGGAACAGACUAAGGAAACCAAAACUGUCCAGUCCGAGCUCUAUUGCGAUAUUUGCAAGACUUCUGUAACUUGCACUGAACAAAUGACCAUGCAUUUGAAUGGUAAAAGACAUUUGACAAAAGAAAAGCAGCAUAUUCUUAAAAUGAUGAAAGGCGAUACCAAUGAUGAUAAGAACAAAACUAAAGCAGGUGGUGAGGAAGAUUAUGAAAAUGAAGAGGAAGAAGAUGAAGGCGAAACUGGUAAAAAAGGAGACGGGGAAAAUGCGGGUGAAGAAGCAGACGAGGUAGAGGCAGAUGAAGGUGGAGAAGCAGAAGCAGAAGAAGGCGCUGGAGGUGGUGGAGGUGAAGAUGAUUUCGAUUGGGGAAAUGGUAGUGGCACUUGGGAUGAACCGGAAACUAUUCAGUGAGAUCAAUUCAUGAGUAGAAGAAUGCACAUUGCUGCCUUGAAUCAUAAUUGGCGGGAGUUGUAGUCUAGAACUUGUCUAUUUAGUAGAACAGACUUCAUGUCUUUUUAUCUAUACUAAAAUAUUAUUAAUAACUUACAUGUUUUAUUCCAUUAAAAUAUACGUGUAUUCGUG